AUGGGAGGCCUGGAGGGAGAUGUGCAGGUAACAACGGACAGAAAACCAAAAAUCGUCGACAUCAUCGACACAACAGGAAGUGGGGAUGUGGACACGGCCACCGUGGUGGAGCCCAAGGACGGGGAGCUGACCGGCCUCUCGGGGAGAGUGCUGAAGAUCCCGGCGAGCUGGACCAACCCCUCGGGCAAGUACCAUAUUGGCAUAAAGAACGGCUACGACUUUUACCCGAAGGCUCUCAAAGAGAGGAUACAGAAAGAGCGGAAGGAAAAAAUCUGGGACCCUGUUCACAGAGUGGCCCUGGCAGAAGCCUGCAGAAAACAAGAGGAGUUUGACGUCGCCAGCAGUUGCCCUUCUCAAGCAAAUAAGCUAAUCAAGGAGGAACUGCAAAGCCAAGUGGAGUUGCUGAAUUCCUUCGAGAAGAAGUACAGUGACCCCGGGCCCGUGUACGACUGCUUGGUGUGGCACGACGGGGAGGCCUGGAGAGCCUGCAUCGACUCAAAUGAAGACGGAGACUUGAGUAAAUCUACUGUAUUGAGGAACUACAAGGAGGCCCAAGAAUAUGGCUCUUUCGGCACAGCUGAGAUGCUGAAUUACUCUGUUAACAUAUACGACGGCGGGAACCUGCUCUCCAUUGUGACCAGCGGAGGAGCGCACGGGACACAUGUGGCCAGUAUAGCGGCUGGACAUUUUCCAGAGGAACCUGAGCGCAAUGGGGUUGCUCCUGGCGCGCAGAUCCUGUCCAUCAAGAUCGGCGACACCCGACUGAGCACGAUGGAGACCGGCACCGGCCUCAUCAGAGCUAUGAUAGAAGUGAUAAAUCAUAAGUGUGAUCUCAUCAACUACAGUUAUGGAGAAGCAACUCAUUGGCCAAAUUCUGGGAGAAUCUGCGAAGUCAUCAGUGAAGCGGUGUGGAAGCAUAACAUCCUUUACGUCUCGAGCGCGGGGAAUAACGGCCCGUGCCUUUCGACCGUCGGCUGUCCGGGCGGAACGACGUCCAGUGUGAUAGGUGUCGGUGCUUACGUUUCUCCUGACAUGAUGGUCGCGGAGUAUUCACUGAGAGAGAAAUUACCUGCAAAUCAGUACACCUGGUCUUCUCGAGGCCCCAGCGCCGAUGGGGCCCUUGGAGUGAGUAUCAGUGCGCCCGGCGGAGCCAUUGCUUCUGUCCCAAACUGGACGCUGAGAGGGACCCAGCUCAUGAACGGGACGUCCAUGUCUUCUCCCAAUGCGUGUGGAGGCAUCGCCCUGAUACUUUCAGGUCUGAAAGCAAAUAAUGUCAACUACACAGUGCAUUCUGUCAGAAGAGCUCUGGAAAACACUGCAGUGAAGGCUGACAACAUAGAAGUAUUUGCCCAAGGGCAUGGCAUCAUUCAGGUUGAUAAGGCAUAUGACUACCUCAUUCAGAAUACAUCAUUUGCUAACAAGUUAGGUUUCACUGUUACUGUUGGAAAUAAUCGUGGCAUCUACCUCCGAGACCCUGUUCAGGUGGCCGCCCCUUCCGAUCACGGCGUUGGCAUUGAACCUGUGUUUCCAGAAAAUACUGAAAACUCUGAAAAAAUAUCCCUUCAGCUUCAUUUAGCUUUAACUUCAAACUCGUCUUGGGUUCAGUGCCCCAGCCAUUUGGAGCUCAUGAAUCAGUGUCGUCACAUCAACAUACGCGUGGACCCCAGAGGCCUGCGGGAAGGGCUGCAUUACACAGAGGUGUGUGGCUACGACAUAGCAUCCCCUAACGCAGGCCCUUUGUUCAGAGUCCCAAUCACCGCCGUGAUAGCAGCCAAAGUGAACGAGUCGUCCCAUUACGAUCUAGCCUUUACAGACGUGCAUUUUAAACCGGGCCAGAUCCGGAGGCAUUUCAUUGAGGUUCCUGAGGGCGCGACGUGGGCUGAAGUCACAGUGUGUUCCUGUUCCUCCGAGGUGGCGGCCAAGUUUGUUCUCCAUGCAGUGCAGCUGGUGAAGCAGAGAGCCUACCGCAGUCACGAGUUCUAUAAGUUUUGUUCCCUUCCAGAAAAAGGCACGCUGACGGAAGCCUUUCCUGUCUUGGGUGGGAAGGCCAUUGAGUUCUGCAUUGCGCGGUGGUGGGCGAGUCUGAGCGACGUGAACAUCGACUACACGGUUUCCUUCCACGGGAUAGUGUGCACUGCCCCUCAGUUAGACAUCCAUGCAUCGGAAGGAAUCAACCGUUUUGAUGUCCAGUCGUCCUUGAAAUACGAAGAUCUGGCUCCCUGCAUCACCCUGAAGAGCUGGGUUCAAACCCUACGCCCACUGAGUGCAAAAACAAAACCUUUAGGCUCAAGGGAUGUAUUGCCAAAUAACCGUCAACUUUACGAGAUGAUCCUGACCUACAGCUUCCAUCAACCCAAGAGCGGAGAAGUAACUCCAAGCUGCCCUCUACUUUGUGAAUUAUUAUAUGAAUCAGAAUUUGACAGCCAACUCUGGAUUAUAUUUGACCAGAACAAGAGACAGAUGGGCUCGGGCGACGCCUACCCACACCAGUACUCUUUGAAAUUGGAGAAAGGAGAUUAUACAAUUCGACUGCAGAUUCGCCACGAGCAAAUCAAUGAUUUGGAGCGUCUUAAAGACCUGCCGUUUAUCGUUUCCCAUAGGUUGUCCAAUACCUUGAGCUUAGAUAUUCAUGAAAAUCACAGCCUUGCACUUCUAGGAAAGAAGAAAUCAAGCAGUCUGACGUUACCACCCAAGUACAACCAGCCCUUCUUUGUCACCUCCUUACCUGACGACAAAGUCCCUAAAGGGGCAGGGCCCGGGUGCUACCUCGCCGGAUCCUUGACCCUGUCAAAGACUGAACUUGGGAAGAAAGCGGGGCAGGCUGCAGCAAAACGACAAGGAAAGUUUAAAAAGGAUGUGAUCCCUGUUCAUUACUACCUGAUCCCUGCGCCAACGAAGACGAAAAACGGCAGCAAAGACAAAGAAAAGGAUGCAGAAAAAGAGAAAGAUUUAAAAGAAGAGUUCACGGAAGCGUUACGAGACCUUAAGAUCCAGUGGAUGACCAAGCUGGACUCCAGUGACAUCUACAACGAGCUGAAGGACACAUACCCCAACUACCUGCCCCUCUACGUGGCGCGACUUCAUCAGCUGGACGCCGAGAAGGAACGAAUGAAAAGACUGAAUGAAAUUGUUGAAGCUGCAAACGCUGUCAUUUCUCACGUAGACCAAACAGCGCUGGCAGUUUACAUUGCAAUGAAGACUGACCCCAGGCCCGAUGCAGCAACUAUAAAAAAUGACAUGGACAAGCAGAAGUCCACCCUCGUGGAUGCUCUCUGCAGGAAAGGCUGCGCCCUGGCCGACCACCUGCUUCAGGCCCGGGAACAGGACGGGGCAGUCUCCUGCGACCCCGAAGGAAGAGAGGACGAAGGCGACAGUGUUCUGGAUUCCCUGACGGAGACUUUCUGGGAGACUACAAAAUGGACUGACCUUUUUGACAAUAAGGUUCUGACGUUCGCGUACAAGCAUGCCUUGGUGAAUAAAAUGUACGGGAGAGGCCUUAAAUUUGCCACUAAGCUUGUGGAAGAAAAGCCAACAAAAGAAAACUGGAAAAAUUGUAUCCAGCUGAUGAAGUUACUUGGCUGGACCCACUGCGCGUCCUUCACUGAGAACUGGCUCCCCAUCAUGUACCCGCCUGACUACUGUGUGUUCUGAGCUAGGAGCCAGGCUUGACAUUUUACCGAAGUUUUAUAGUGAAUGGAUAUAAAGCAAAUUUGUGACAUUUUUAGUCUAAUGCAUGUUUUCAUCCACUAUCACAUACUGAUUAUUAAAUGAUGUGUAUUUGUCAGAGAAUCCGCUGGCGUGUGGCUCAGUACAUGUGAGACGAGGCCUCUGGCACCCUGGUGUUUUCUGAAAGCCUCUACCGCUGCGGCUGUGCCCGCUGCCGCUGCGGCUGUGCCCGCUGCCCGCUCCGGCGCCUUCCACGUGGGCCGCAGCUGUCAACGUGCAUGUGGGUUUUCAACAGGAACUUUUAACUGCAAACCUGUACAAUUCUAUUUUUUAUUUUAUAAAUGAACAGGGUUUUAACAUGCUCGACUUUAAUUUUUUCAAUUGUCUGAAGGCCUUAAAAAAGCUACGUUCAGUGUAGCUAAAAUUAUUUAUUGAACUAAAAAGUAACCGAACUUAAUUUCAGAUUUUUUUGGCAAAAGUUUACAUUUAAUUAAGGGGAAAAACUAAAACCGGCACAAAUAAAUGUGUGGCAGUUGCUGGAGCAUCCGUGCUUCCUUCAUAGAUUCUCACAUCUUGAGGUUAUUUCAGGCCAAUCAUCUCUAGCGUCCUCUUGACAUGCAGAGUAUCCGAAUGAACUGAUGAGACAUGUGUAAGUGCCAGACAGCUAAAUCUCUAUCAGGUAUUGUAAAGAUACACAUAUGGUAUGUUCAUUAAAGUUGAAAUAAUGUAAUCACGUGAAUAAAUGUGCAAAAACCAAGAUCCCAGUACACCAUAUGCACUCUGAUACCUUAAUUUUUUUAUAAAUAAUAAAAACGAAUAUUGAACCUU